CCGGAGAGGAAGCUUCAGUCACGGCGACAUGUCUGAGCGGACGCCGCUGCUGCAUUACCGGCUCUCCGCCAGCGUCAACGAGUCCGGAGACCACCGGGACACUCGGGCCGGGAGAGAUGAGGACGAGCCCCGGAGCCCCGCGACCGUCCGACGGAGACCCGCCGCUAAACAGCCCAAACUCAACAUAUUCUUCGGCGUGGUGAUUCCAACACUGCUGUCAAUGUUCAGUGUGGUGGUGUUCCUGCGGAUCGGUUUUGUUGUGGGUCAGUGUGGUCUUUAUCAGACUAUAGCGAUGCUGCUGGUGGCGUAUUUCAUCAUCAGUAUGACGGUUCUGUCGGUGUGCGCGAUCUCGACUAACGGAGCGUUGGACGCCGGAGGAGCGUAUUACAUGAUCAGUCGUGCUCUCGGUCCAGAGUUCGGCGGCAGCAUCGGCAUCAUGUUCUUCCUGGCUAACGUGUGCGGCAGCGCCCUCUUUGUGCUGGGACUGGUGGAGGCAAUGCUCACAACCUUCGGGAUUCCUGAAGAUGGCUUGUCGCUGUCUGGAUCUCGGUACAUGGUUCUGCCGACUGGUUACUGGUGGUCUCUGUUGUAUGGCACGGUGAUUCUGCUGCUGUGUGUGUUGGUGUGUCUGGUCGGGGCUCAUAUCUAUGCUAAAGCCACCUUCCUCAUCUUCAUCAUCGUCAUAGUGGUUUUGGGGACCAUCUUCAUCAGUUUCUUUGUCGUGCCGUUUCGAACCGUCCAGCUGCCUGGCCACAGAAACGCCUCGCUCGGCCCGACGAGCGCAAACUUCACCGGCUUCAAAUUAGACACGCUGAUGGGAAACGUGCAAGCUGACUACGUAGUGGACUACACCACUGGAGUCAUGAUGUCCUUCGCCUCUGUUUUUGCGGUGAUGUUUAACGGCUGCACUGGAAUCAUGGCUGGAUCCAACAUGUCCGGUGAUCUGAAGAACCCGAGCUACUCCAUUCCUCGUGGAACCAUCACAGCCGUCAUCUUCACCUUCGUCAUCUACAACCUGCUGAGUAUACUGAUCUCCUGCACAUGUGACCGGAUCCUCCUGCAGCAGGAUUACGGUUUCCUCACAGAUAUAAACGUCUGGCAUCCGUUCGUGACGAUCGGUGUUUACUCCUCCACGCUGUCGGCUGCCAUGAGUAACCUGAUCGGAGCGUCCCGCGUGCUCUACGCUCUGGCCCGAGACGACCUGUUCGGACGCUUUCUGUCUCCAGCCAAACACACGUCUGCCAGCGGGAACCCCUGGGUGUCUGUCCUGAUCUCCUGGAUCCUCGUGCAGCUGGUGUUGUUCGCCGGGAAGCUGAACACGAUCGCGAGUAUCGCCACCAUAUUCUUCCUGCUGGUUUACGCCGCUGUGGAUCUGGCCUGUCUGGCGCUGGAGUGGGCAUCCGCACCGAACUUCAGGUGACGCACUCGUAUCUCCAGUCCUAAUCCAGAUCUGCUUUCUGUGUGUCUUAAUCCAUAUUGACCAUCUGAGGGUGAGAAGUCAAGGUCAAACAGUCCUGCUGUUCUCCACGGCUGAUUGGCUGAGAGUGUGGUGGGGGCGGAGCUUGUGCGUUCUGUUUGCCGUCAGUUGUUUGUUGUGUCUGCAGAGGCGCGUUAGAUUAAAAGCCAUUUAGUGUUCACAUCCCCAGAGACACGCCGUGAUUAGCAUAGUUAAUUUAGCCGAACC